GGCUAUCUCGGGGCUCAGAGCUCAAUACUGGUCCACAAAGCACAUUGAGUGGAGGGGGUUUUCCACUCCAGAAGAAAGGCCUGGGCCUGGGCCCAGCACAAGAGCCUGCCACUCUCAGCCACAAGCCAAGCAAGGCUAGAGGCCCUCAGCGUCCCUUCCUUCCACACUGACCGGGCUCACCUUGCCCCCUUACGUAUGCCCAUGCACCCCAAACGGUUUGCCAACCCGCCCUCACAGAGCACCCUGGGCCCCUUGCCGCUUGGCACCCACUCAGGGCAGGGGGUGAGGACACACCCCCAGCUGCCCUUCCUGUGCUCUCACUGGCCAGGCCUUGACAAGCAGGUGGGACCCGCCCCCAGACUGGCCUGUGAGGCAUAAAGCCGGCAAGGCAGCUCAUGAGUCACCGCCGCUCUGCACCAUGAAGAGAAGCAGCGCCCUCCUGCUAGCGGCUCUUGCCGUGCUCUGCACCUGUGGGCUGGCCACAGGGGAGGACAGCGAAGAGCUUUUCAUGGACUUCCUGCAAACGCUGCUGGUGGGGUCCACAGAGGAGCUCUAUGAGGGGCCCCUGAGCAAGUACAACAUCAAUGCAGACGCCAAGGCAGCAAUAGCCAAGCUCAAGUCCUGCGUAGACGGCCUACAGCCCGUGCACAAGGCGGAGCUGGUCAAGCUGCUGGUGCAAGUGCUGGGCAGUCAGGACGAUGCCUAGUGGACCCCAGACGUGGCUCCAAACAGCCAUAGGACCAGCUACACAAGCAGCCACGAAGACAACACCCCUACCACUUCCCUAGGCGUGAAUUCACCCUCAAGUCACCCAACCAAUAAAGCCUCCUGUAGCUCA